AUGGCUGCCCUGCUUAUACAGAAUGUGGUGUCUUCAGUCAUGGACCCACUCCUGCACCUGAGUCACCUCUUGAGGAAGCCCCGGGCCUUCUCCUCGUUGCUGCUGGGGACACUUUCAAGCACCUGAACAAAGGUGUACUCGCUUCUUGGUGGCUGCUUUCUGCCUCACCUGUAGUCCUGGCUGGGCUCCAAGACCGAGGACGUCAUCCGGAAGCGCGGUAGAGAUUGCUACACAGUGAAGAGGGGUGGGCGCUUGUUUGUCCACUGAAAGACCAACCCUGAGCAUGAGCAGCGGCAAACGUCUCCCUUGCCUUCAAGCAGUGUCCAUGGGAAAUCCGUGGGAAAUUCUGUGGGCCUCAGGGCUCUGUUGAACCCGCUUUCCCCCACACCGUCACCCAGUUCCUUCCAAUCUAGUCAGACUAGAGCUGCAGCUAGAGAAAGAUUGUUACGGUUCCUGUAG